AUGUUAUCGCUCCCAAAAGAGGGGUUCACGAUUGACUUCGUGGCCAAAUUAGUCCGAUGCAUCAUCCUGAAUCCUGCCAUAACCAUUUUGUUGGCCAUAAGCUCAUACGGUGCAUCAUUCCACGAUCCGAUUCAUUCAUACUGGAGUCACAAAUCAGACGCACUUCGACCAUACAUCUACUACCUAACUGCUUUUAGCCUUCUUUUGCAUUUGACUGACUUUCUGAACACGCGAUACAACAACAACUGGACCACCGACCUAGGAUGGGACUGGAAUAACGAAAUUGUUGUCAUCACUGGAGGUAGCAGUGGAAUUGGAGCCCAUCUUGCACGGCAAUUGCAUGCUCGGAAUCCAAACACCAAGGUCGUCAUCAUCGAUUAUGUCCCAUUGACCUGGGAACCACUUGAAGGGGCCUACACAAAGUACUACCAAUGCGACCUCAGUGACAGCUCCCAGAUCCGCCUCAUCUGUGAAGAGAUUCGAGCUGAAGUCGGUCACCCUACAGUUCUCGUUAACAACGCCGGUAUUUGUCGAGGUGCUACUGUCUGCGAUGGUUCGUAUGCGGAUGUAGAGGCUACUAUGCGGACAAACCUCACCGCACCAUUCUUGCUAGUCAAGGAGUUUGGGCCAGAUAUGGUGCGUCGAAAUCACGGCCAUAUAAUCAAUAUCAGCUCGAUGAGUGCGUUUCUCCCGCCUGCUAAAGUGGCCGACUACGCCGCUACCAAGGCUGGGUUAAUAGCCUUGCAUGAGGCUCUGCAACUUGAGCUGAAGGAAUCUGAACGCGUCAGACUGUCACUAGUAGUUCUCGGCUUCACCCGCACUCCUUUGUUCAAAGGAGAGACGAAUCAGUCUAAUUUCUUAUUCCCACUGUUGCAUGUUGAGUCCGUCAGCGAGGAGAUUGCGAAAACAUUGUGGAGUGGCUAUGGUAAAACAAUUUUCAUGCCCGGUAUCAUGCGUUACAUCGCGAUUUUGAAGGGCGGGCCGGAAUGGCUGUGGCUCUUAGCAAGGAAAGGAACUGGCAGUACCCGGGUUGAUUUCAAAGGAAGACAGAAACUGGACCCAAAGACAGGAGCAUUACUUCAGCUUUAG